CGUGGUCUUUAGGGCGGGAGGGCGUGGUCACAGCUGACAGGUUCUUCCUUUGAGUCACUCCUCGCCCCGCAGCCGCCGCCCUUCCCGGAACUCAGGCAGAGAGAGGAAAUUCCCGGAGCCCCGGACACAGCCAUAGGGUAGAUCGCAGUCAUGUUCCUAAUAAACCAAUUCGGAGGUGGAGGUGGCAGAGGUAUUGGUGGGUUUGGCGGCGGUGCUGGAGGAAUGUUUGGAGGAAUUAUGAACGCUCUCAGUGAUGCUGCUUCAAAUUACAGCCCAGAUCCUCCGCCCCCAAGGACCCAUAUUUCGACCAUUCAAGCAAAUGAGAGCGAGGAGGAGCGGCAGUUCCGUCGUCUCUUCAGCCAGCUGGCCGGAGAUGACAUGGAAGUCAGCCCGACUGAGCUGAUGGGAAUUCUCAACAAAGUAGUUAGUAGACAUCAGGACCUGAAGACAGACGGGUUCAGCAUUGACUCGUGUCGCAGUAUGGUGGCAGUGAUGGAUAGUGAUAGCACUGGCAAAUUGGGCUUUGAGGAAUUUAAGUAUUUAUGGAACAACAUCAAGAAGUGGCAGGGUGUAUACAAGAGGUAUGACACCGACCGCUCGGGAACAAUCGGGAGCAGAGAGCUGCCAGGGUCCUUUCAAGCUGCCGGAUUUAACCUGAGUCCGGAGCUGUACCAGAUGAUCGUCCGGCGUUAUUCCGAUGAGAAAGGAGAGAUGGACUUUGAUAACUUCAUCUGCUGUCUGGUUCGGAUGGAUGCCAUGUUCCGUGCUUUCAAAGCUUUGGACAAAGACGGAGAUGGAAAUAUAAAGGUGACAAUCCAGGAGUGGCUGCAGCUGACAAUGUAUUCAUGAGCUGGUAACGGAUCUGCCUUGUGGAGCUGUGAACUUUCCUCCUUCUUCUCUUGCUGUAUACAGGCUUGGUUUUAUACACUGUACUGAGAUCAGUGCCCCCCCGACCUUUGUAGCCUUCAGGAGACGAGCUGUUUUACACUUUAAUAUUAGAACACGUGAGCUGGGAUUAGGUUACAAUUUUUUUGGAACCUGAUUGGCCGGCACAAUUUUCUGUGUGAUGCUUUUGCUCUCUUAUGCUCUGUAACGUCAAAUGAAUGAUAUUAAAUCCAACACAAACACA